AUGGCCACCCUCUUUGCCCAACCCGCAGCUCGUUUCACCCCCUCUGCCUCUCCACCAACCACCAUCCCACCCAUGGUCUAUCGCAUUCAUCGCGCCUCCGCACAAACCCGAUAUUCUUUCUCCACUGGAUUUGCAGCCAAGAAUCAGACCACAAUACUCAACUAUACAUCCGCGCUCAGCCGCUUCGGCCUUGCGCACCUAAAUCGUCAGACCAACAUCAGCUCACCCUUCAUCAGCGUGUACGACAGCUUGCCGCACGCAGAGAACGUGGCGCAGCAUUUGGCGGAAAAAUGGGGCGAGGAGGUCUUGGUCGUCAGUGUGGACACCAAGCACUUUGCGCGAGGUCCUGUGUUUCGCGCUGCGGAUCUCCUCAAGGAUACUGACGACAAUGCUGACGAGUGGCUGCACUGGGGCGAGUACCUUAUCAUGUACCGUAUUCCUGCUCAAGCUAUUCGAGAUCAGACGCCAGUUGGUAGAGCCAAAAAGGAGACUUGGAGAACGGUAGGCGUUAUAGGCGCAGCUUGA